GUAGAUGUGUCGCACUUUCAUCCUUCCGUGACCUCGGUUACUACCGACCGACUUACUUGCUGCUGCUAGUUGACGACGACGGUCUGGUCUGGAAGCUGCAACACAGUGCUCGGUUAACGAUCGUUCAUGUGUACAAAGAAAAAUAUUGAUUUUUCCAUCCCACCCCUCCCUAGGUCUCGGGUGUGCGCCAGUGACGACAACGACGUUAGUGAAAGUUGCAAAUUUUCCGGAUGGUACAAUGGUACAGUCAUAACCGUUUCGGUCAGCAGCACCGGGUUCCGUUAAUGUUUUGACACUAAUUAAAUGGGUGAAAUUGGAGCAUCAGAUCGGGCUAGUGCGUGUCGUGUCAUGUGGUGUGGAUCCUUAUUGUUUGCCACAGGAUAGAGUGAGGCUUAAUGUGUGUAAAAUUUUGGCUACAUUUGUACGCCUGCCAUAACGGGUGGUAGAUUUACAACAACGUAUCGGUUGAGUGUGUUCGGUCACGCCAAUUGCUCGGAGACGGAGUACAUGUGACAAAUUGUGGGUGUGGAUACCGGGAAUCGGAAGGAGCUGACCAUCUGUUGCCAUCGUUGCAGCAGGAUCGAGUGGAUACAUCGGAACCGUUUUAUGAAGGCUGAAUUCUGCUAAAAAGUACAAACAUCCAACACACACCCGGGUAAACUCUAACCAAACUGAAUGGUCUCCCGAAGAGUAUAACAUCCCGCAAGACAACCACGACAGCAAGCCAAUAUGAAACUGCCCAACAUCGGUCAGCAUGGUGGCGAAGGGGAGCCCGAUCAAUCCGUUGCACCCCUGCAGCUGGUAGUAUACGUUUCGGUAUCGCUGCUGAUAGUGUCCCUGCUGGGGCUUCUCAUCUACAUCACGUGCUCCAAACGGUACCGGCUGAAUUGGUUCGAGAAAAACCUACUGGAAACGGCCAAGGAGAGGGAGACGUACGGUCAGAGAAAUCAAGGGCAGGUAAGCUGUCCGAUUCCAUACAAUGUUGAUGCCGUGGCAGGCACGUCACGAUACCUGAACCGGAACACCGGAAGCCCGCUAGCAAAAACCGACGACCCACCCUUUUGGGCAUCCCAAGGGAUUUACAAAAACGCCCACUCGUGCGACCAGCUUAUUGACUCGUCAGAUGAGGAACCCCCGGACGAUAGUGCGGACUCAUCGAGCAGCUGUAAAUCAGUUAUAGCGGUCGGUUCGGUGCCCAUCGCUCGCACCGACAAGCACGUUGUCCUGAGCACAACGAGCCCAGCAAAACCCACCACAUCGACGGUGAAGGCGAAAAACAAUCAGCAAGGAUCUGCAAAUGCUUCCGCUGCCGAGGAUACGCUUGAUGCAGCAGCCUCCGGCAUCGCCGGCAGCAGCUCUCCCGUGAAACUUGAACCCGGUGAGGACUCUCGGGGAGAAAUUCACCUAAUGCUCAACUACGACCCCAGUUCGGGAAUUUUGAAUGUCAAGCUCGUUGAGGCGCAGGACCUGCAACCGCGUGACUUCAGUGGCACCGCGGAUCCAUAUGCAAAGAUAAGACUGCUCCCAGAUCGCAAUAACAUGUGGCAAACUAGGAUACACAAGAAAACGCUGAAUCCAGUGUUCGACGAAGAUUUCGUAUUCGAAGUCCGACCGGCCACCAUAGGCCGUCGCACACUCGAGGUGCUUCUGUUCGACUUUGACGCCUAUUCCCGCCACGUGGUCAUCGGUGGAGCACAACUUGCGCUGGCGCACGUUGACCUCUCCGAUCGGUUGGACGUCUGGCAACCCCUUGGACCCUGCACUGAAACUGAUAUAAAACAAGACCUCGGUGACGUUAUGGUUUCCCUGUCAUAUCUUCCCUCGGUCGAGAAAUUGACCGUAGUUAUAAUCAAAGCUAGGAACCUUCGAAUCAUUGAUGAAACCCGAAGCUCCUCGGACCCCUACGUUAAGGUAUCGCUUCACAACUUGGACGGGAAGCGACUCAAAAAACGCAAAACGACCGUAGCGCGGAAUACGGUUGCUCCGGUUUACAAUGAGGCACUUUCGUUUGACAUAGCCAGAGACUCGCUGAAGAAUUGCUCCAUCGAACUGCAGGUCCUGCACGACAGUCUGCUGGGAAAGAACGAAGUACUCGGCCGGGCUACCAUCGGAAGUGGACCGGAUGUUAGGCCUGAAGAUCGAGCGUUCUUUGACGAACUAUUCCGCAAUCGGUCGGCCACUGCUCAAUGGAUAGCACUCUCAGAUUGGAAGGCUGCAAAACCAGUAGCGGCAAGCAAAUGAAGGGUUUCCCUCGGUGGUGACUUGUAUUUUUACUCAGUAGAGCAGAUACAUUUUUAAGCAAACGUCCAAUGUACCUUAAUCUAUUGCUGAUUGUUAACCAGAGGGCAACCGUCAGAAAUUUAUCGCAUUGUUGAAUGUUUUAAGCGUUGCUAUAAGUAUAUAUAUAUAUAUAUAUAUAUAGAUGUGGCGAUUCUUACAAGCAUUGAGAGAAGCCCCGCCAUGAAUUAUGUUAUGUACACACUUAGUAACGAUUUACUGUAGCCUAGACAUUCUAAACUUAUACACCAUCAUGAUCGUAUACUGUAGGCUUGUUUAGUAUUCUAAAUACGUAUCCUUUUACCUCUAGUUGCGUUUCUGACCUGUUAUGACACAUUUUAAAAUAUAUCUUACAUGUCUAAAACCACGAUAAAAUACACUCACACCAAAGAUGGAAAAGGACAGACAAA